GAUAGAUGUCAGUUAGGUAUUAGAAUUUGGAAGGGACCUUAUAGAUAAUUCACUUCAAUUUCCUGUCAAUCUACAGAUGGGCGAAGUGACUUUCCAAAAGUCACUUAGAAAACUGGCAGCCUAGGACCAGAACCCAAUUUUAUUAAUCUCUGUAGUGCAUCUGACAUUGCUUCCUCUCAGUUUUGGCUUCACUUUUCCUCUCACUUUUGGCUAAUAUGCUUCUUUGUUUUAACUCACGCAGCAAACGUUCGUUCGCUUAGUCUCAGUGAUGUAUAAGGCACCGUCCUAGGCUUGGAGGAUACAACCACAAGGUUACAGUCUAUGGAGGAGACAGAUGGUAGAUGAUCAAUGAAAUGACAAUUAGCACUGCUGGCUUGGAAGUGCCAUUUGCUAAGAGCAGAACAUUUGAGAGGGGACACAUUUGGGGAGGAAGAUCAAAAGUUUUAAGUUGGGACAUGUUAGGUUUGUAGUGCCUAGGAGAAGUGCAGAGAAGAAUAUUUGGUGGCUGUCUAUGCAGGUCUGGGGCUCAGCAGAAUAAUAUGAGUUGGAAUCGAGCCUUGAGAAUGAGUGGCGUUUUAGAGCAGAUGAAGUCAUAAAGAGGUUCAGGGAAAGGACGAGAUGGCCUAAGACCAAGUCCUGAGGAACUCCAACAUUAGAGGUCAGGCAGAGGAGAACAGGCUGCCAAAGGAGAAGCCAGAGAGCUAACAGGAAAAUCAGGAGAAUGUGGAGUUCUGGAACCCUAAAGAAAAGAAUGUUCCAAAAAGGGAAUGGCAAACUCUGUUCAACGCUGCGGAGGGAUGAAGCAAGACUGGACUGGGAAGUGUUUAUGAGAUUAAGUAACGUGGAGGCCAUUGGUGACUUCGUCAAGAGUGCUUGCAGUGACUGCUUUGCUUGUAGUGGGCUGAGGGCUUGAGAAUGGCAGAACCUUGCUCAGGAGCCGGAGAAUGAACAACUCUCCAGGACUAUGGUGCCCUCUCCUCCACCCCAUUUACAAAAAUGAGGUGGGGGCGCUGGUCUUUGACAUUGGCUCCUUCUCAGUCCGCGCUGGGUACGCUGGAGAGGACUGCCCCAAGGCUGACUUCCCCACCACGGUGGGGCUGCUGGCCGCGGAGGAGGGGGGCGGGCUGGAGUUGGAGGGGGAGAAAGAGAAGAAAGGGAAGAUCUUCCACAUCGACACCAACGCCCUGCAUGUGCCUCGGGAUGGAGCGGAGGUCAUGUCGCCCCUCAAGAAUGGCAUGAUUGAAGACUGGGAAUGCUUCCGUGCCAUUCUGGAUCAUACCUACAGUAAACACGUCAAGUCUGAGCCCAACCUGCACCCAGUGCUCAUGUCCGAGGCCCCGUGGAACACACGGGCCAAGCGGGAGAAGCUGACAGAGCUGAUGUUCGAGCAGUACAACAUUCCUGCCUUUUUCUUAUGCAAGACGGCUGUGCUCACCGCCUUUGCAAACGGACGUUCCACAGGCCUGGUGCUGGACAGUGGGGCCACCCACACCACAGCCAUCCCAGUACAUGAUGGCUAUGUCCUGCAACAAGGCAUCGUCAAGUCACCCCUGGCAGGGGACUUCAUCUCCAUGCAGUGCCGGGAGCUCUUCCAGGAAAUGGCCAUCGACAUCAUCCCACCUUACAUGAUUGCAGCAAAGGAACCCGUACGGGAGGGCGCCCCUCCAAACUGGAAGAAGAAGGAGAAGCUACCCCAGGUUUCCAAGUCCUGGCAUAACUACAUGUGCAACGAGGUGAUUCAGGACUUCCAGGCCUCUGUGCUGCAGGUCUCAGACUCUCCCUAUGACGAGCAGGUGGCUGCACAGAUGCCCACAGUGCACUACGAGAUGCCCAACGGCUACAACACAGACUACGGUGCGGAGCGGCUCCGCAUUCCAGAGGGCCUGUUUGAUCCCUCCAAUGUCAAGGGCCUGUCGGGGAACACCAUGCUGGGUGUGGGCCACGUGGUGACCACCAGCAUCGGCAUGUGUGACAUCGACAUCCGCCCGGGCCUGUAUGGUAGUGUCAUUGUCACUGGCGGGAACACGCUGCUCCAGGGCUUCACGGACAGGCUCAAUCGAGAGCUUUCCCAGAAGACCCCGCCGAGCAUGCGGCUGAAACUCAUCGCCAGCAACAGCACCAUGGAGCGCAAGUUCAGCCCCUGGAUCGGGGGCUCCAUUUUGGCCUCACUGGGCACUUUCCAGCAGAUGUGGAUCUCCAAGCAGGAAUAUGAGGAGGGAGGGAAGCAGUGUGUGGAGCGGAAGUGCCCCUGAGGGCGCCCCCUCAACACCCACACGUCCGCCCGCCGCCCGCCGCCCGCCGAGGUGGGGUAGGGGACGCCAAAGGCGGGGAGAGGGUUUCCCCGCUCGGCCUCCGCGGGCGCAGAUCAAAACCCCCACCCCCCAAGCCCUCGUCUCUACCCCUCCCUUCUCGUCCGCUUAGAUUGUGAUGUUUCUGGGUUGAAAGGAGUAAAAAUGUUUUAAGAAAA